CGCCGCAUCCCGGGGCCAUGAGCUUCUUCGGGUUCGGGCAGAGCCCCGAGCUGGAGCUGGUGCUGAGCGAUGCCGAGAGCCGGCGGCGGGUGGAGCACAAGACGGAGGAAGGCAAGAAGGAGAAAUACUUCCUCUUCUACGACGGCGAGACCGUGUCGGGCCGGGUGGUGCUCACCCUCAAGAAUCCCAACAAGCGGCUGGAGCACCAGGGCAUCAAAGUGGAGUUCAUCGGGCAGAUCGAGCUCUACUAUGACCGAGGGAACCACCACGAGUUCGUGUCCCUGGUGAAGGACCUGGCCCGGCCUGGGGAAUUCACUCAAUCACAGACAUUUGACUUUGAGUUCACACACGUGGAGAAACCCUACGAGUCCUACACGGGGCAGAACGUGAAGCUACGGUAUUUCCUGCGUGCCACCGUGAGCCGCAGGCUGAACGAUGUGGUGAAGGAGAUGGACAUCGUGGUGCACACCCUGAGCACCUACCCCGAGCUCAACUCCUCCAUCAAGAUGGAAGUGGGCAUCGAGGACUGCCUGCACAUCGAGUUCGAGUACAACAAGUCCAAGUACCAUUUAAAAGAUGUGAUUGUGGGGAAGAUUUACUUCCUGCUGGUGCGGAUCAAGAUCAAGCACAUGGAGAUAGACAUCAUCAAGAGGGAGACGACGGGCACGGGGCCCAACGUGUACCACGAGAACGACACCAUAGCCAAGUACGAGAUCAUGGAUGGGGCACCCGUGAGAGGGGAGUCCAUUCCCAUCAGGCUCUUUCUGGCUGGCUACGAGCUGACUCCAACCAUGAGGGACAUCAACAAGAAGUUCUCUGUGCGUUAUUACCUCAACCUGGUGCUGAUCGACGAGGAGGAGAGACGCUACUUCAAACAGCAGGAGGUGGUGCUGUGGAGGAAAGGGGACAUCGUGAGGAAGAGCAUGUCCCACCAGGCUGCCAUCGCGUCGCAGCGCUUCGAGGGGACGUCCUCGCACGGCGAGGCCAAAGCCCCGGGGCAGGGCACGGAGAACAACGGGCAGCAGUGAUCCCAGGGCCGCCCGCAGCCCCCACAGCGGCGCCACAGGAGACGCUCAGAGACUGCGCAGAAAUAAAUUCCCGUUUUUGACUUCAUUCCUUUCUUCGGAGGACUGGCGCGGUGGGACGGGGCGGGGCCAGCCGGAGCUUCCCGAGCCAAGCGUUCCCUGGAGGCUGGGACAGUGUCCAUGGUUCCCCUGGAGGCUGGGACAGUGUCCGUGCGUUCCCUGGAGGCUGGGACAGUGUCCAUGCAUUCCCUGGAGGCUGGGGUGAUGUCCAUGCAUUCCUCUGGAGGCUGGGGAUGAUCCAUGAGUUCCCCUGGAGGCUGGGGCUGAUCCAUGAGUUCCCCUGGAGGCUGGGAUGAUGUCCUUGAGUUCUUCUGGAGGCUGGGGAUGAUCCAUGAGUUCCCUGGAGGCUGGGGUCGAGCCAUGCGUUCCCCUGGAAGCUGGGGUGAUGUCCAUGUGUUCCCUGGAGACUGGGGUCAAUCCAUGCAUUCCUUGGAGGCUGGGACAAUGUCCAUGCAUUCCCUGGAAGCUGGGGCUGGUCCAUGCAUUCCCUGGAGGCUGGGGCAAUGUCCAUGCAUUCCCUGGAGGCUGGGGAUGAUCCAUGCGUUCCCCUGGAGGCUGGGGCUGAUCCCUGGAGGCUGGGGCAAUGUCCAUGCAUUCCCUGGAAGCUGGGGUGAUGUCCAUGCAUUCCCUGGAGGCUGGGGUCAAUCCAUGCAUUCCCUGGAGGCUGGGGUGAUGUCCAUGCAUUCCCUGGAGGCUGGGACAGUGCCCAUGCAUUCCCUGGAGGCUGGGGUGAUGUCCGGAGGCUGCGGAGCUGCCUGGUCUCUCCUGUGUGCCCCCUGAGCCUCAGCCUGGCGUUGGGGAAGGAGGGAGCAAGGGAAGGCCCAGGCUUCUCCCCGCCCUGUGGAGGCUGCUGUGGGGCUGUGUAGGAUGGAUGUUUCUCUUGCCUUUCCGAAAUCUCCCCCGGGGAGAAUGGCCCGGUGGGUGGCUGGAUGCUGGAGGAGGGAUCAGAGACUGGCGUGGCCUGCUGGAAAUGCUGUGGGGUCAUCCCCUUCCUCCCCUUGGUGCUGGCGUUGGAUUCCUUGGAUGAUGGAGGUGCCCGAGCCCUGGGAGUGCCACCCAGGCACGGGGAGCACGGGCAGGGCUGUGUCCCACAGGGAGGGAGAUGUGUGGGUGCAGGAGGAGGUGGCACGGGGUGGGCAGAGCAGUGACAGUCCCAGUGCUGCUGGGUGGGUGACAAGUGGCGGCAGGAGGGCUCCUGGCCACGAGCUGUGCCUUCCUGAGAUCCACACUGGCUGCUGCUCUCGUGCAGCUCCCAGGGGCUGCUGCAGAGGUGUAGAGAGCAGUUUUGGAGCUCCUGGGGGCUCUGCUGUGGGUGGGUUUGUGCUGCCCACACUGCCCUGCCCGUGUCUGUGCCCUUGGGACAGGGCAGGCUUUGUGUGGGGAGGGACAGCAGUGUGGGGACACGUGUGUGUGCUCUGGUUUGCUGCCUCGUGCCUGCAGGACGAGGAUUAGUGGGGACAGAAGGUGGAUGCAGUUGUGGGAGGCUCAAACAGGCCUGUGGGGGCUGCUGGAAGGGGCCAGGCAGCAGCUGGAAGGGUGGCAGAGCUCUGAUUCCAGAGACACAUUCCUGAGGCCUGAGCUGAAGUCACCAGCGAGGUCUGAGAUCACGCAAUGAACUGAAAACCUGAAUGUGGGUUUUCUGCUUUUUUUAAUAAGCUGCUUUUAGCCUUCAGCUAAGUAGACUCAUGAGAACAUUCCCAGAAGGAAAUCAACUCCUUUAAAAAUCAGGCGUGGCUUUGUAGACUUGAUUGACUGAGUUUGGAGAAUGUCCAUCCUGUUCAGCUGCCCGUCAACAGGCAGGUGGUGAGACCUCCUCCCCGAGGGAGAGACAGUGCUGGGAUAUGAGCUCUGUCAAGUGGGAUUUGUGUGGAUUUCCCUGAGUUUGUGGCUCGCUAGUUUGUCCAGCUUCUUUCUGGCUCUGGAAUCGAGUUCCUCUGUCCUACAGCUGAAUGUAGAGCAGGUGUCUUGCAGCUGGGAAACGGAAGGUUCUGCUUUGUUUAGGAAUGGUGCUGGUGGAGGGAGUGGGGCUGGGGUGGGAAGGGGAGCUUCUUAUGUAAUGACAGCUACUGUAUUUCAGUGAUAAAUGUGUGUUUCUGCUUGCCAAAGUAAGUUAUCUUUUCCUCAGCACGUGUAAGGUUGUGGUUUUUAGUAGAGCUGGCCAGUCUGGCUCUGUAGAGGACACUAACAAAAUGCUCUCACCUCUGCUGAAUGCUUGUGCCACCCCAUGGCUCUGCUGUGCCCCACUGCAGACGUGGCUUGUCCCCCAGGGGAUCUGUGCCACGGGCUGGGGCCGUGUCUUCCCCAGGCUGGAGCAAAACUCACUGCAGACAACAAUCACCUUGCUGUGCCAGGGCGAGGGCUGGGAGCCUCUGCCGUGGCAAAGGACCCUGGGUGUCACUUGGGACACUCCUCCCUCCCUCCCUAAAGGCACAAUCCUUUAGGGACAAGUGGAGCUCCUUUGGGAGCCCUUGGGGAUAGCAAACUAUCCUUCUAUGGCUGAGCUGAGCACAGCAGCGCCCUUACAAUCAUUCCUUCAGCUCCCUCCUUGCCUUUAUUCCUUUUUUCACUUUAUUCCUUUAUUCCCUUAUUCCCUUAUCCCUUUAUUCCUUUAUUCCCUUAUUCUUUUAUCCCUUUAUUCCUUUAUUCCCUUAUUCUUUUAUCCCUUUAUUCCUUUAUUCUUUUAUUCCUUUAUUCCUUUAUUCCCUUUAUUCCCCUGGAUUGUAGGCCACGUGGUGGGAAAGAAACCCCCCUGGAUGGAGAUGUCUCUGCAUUCCAGGAGUGUUUUUUUUCCCUUCCUGACUGGAUGUGAGAUCAUUGCCUGGCUGGAAGGAGAUGGCUGUUCAACAUCUGUUCAUCAUUCCUGGAGGGUUCCCUUGGAAAAGCUGCAUGGGCCUACAGUUGGAUUAAGGGGAUUUUUCCUACUUUGUCCCCUCAACCCCAUGUCCCUACAUGUGGAACCAGAAUUCAGAAAUGAUCCUGAUUUUUUACUGAAUCUGAUGGACCAUUGAACCUGUUUGCCACUGGGCCCUGUGUUUGUCUGGGGUGGAGCAGAUGUGCUGAGCAUCCUUAGAGAGGAGCUGGGGUCACUCCAGGCACGUUGGAACAGUGUUUUGUUAGCAUGUGGAGGGGCAGCUGCUGCUCCAGCAGUGUCCCCCUGAGCUGGUCCUGUGCUGUGCUUGGGCCAGUGCCUCUCUCCCAGGCACAGAGGAGUGGGCAAGUACCAAACCAAGCAGUGCAACUUGUAAUUAAGCCUCUGCUGUGUUUACAUGUUUCUUAAUUCGUCGUCUUUUCAAUGGCUGUAUUUUAAAACUUGGGUUUUUUUGUCUCUCCAAUUAAAAAGAGCCAGCCCUGGCUGUCAAAUGCUG